UGGCAUAUGUGCUCUUGAAGAGUUAACUGUUGCUAUGUUUGUACUAACAGGCUCACUCUGUGAUGAGGAUGUUAAAGAGUGUUCCUCAGGGCCGUGUGAACAUGGAGGAACAUGCAUGGAACCCACACCUGCAGGGUUUGUCUGUGUGUGUCCACCAGGACUACAGGGUGCCACUUGUGAAAUCAUCAACAGUGCUAACUUUGACGGGAGAGCAGCUUUAACUUUCACUUCAUUGGUGCAACUUUCAAAUAUAGGUCAAGGGCGCACAAAGCGGGCUGCUGGGAUUGUGGGUGACAGUGAGGCUCAGAUUCAGUUUACUAUUACCACAAGCAUUCUGGAUGGUAUUCUAUUGGUUGCAACAGGGAUAAGCAGCUCAGGCCAUCCCCAGAACAUUGUGCUGGAACUCCGUAAGUCUGUCCUCCAUCUCUCGGCCACUAAUGGACAGCAGCUUCUUCGAGGCUCUGUUACACUAAGCAAUCAAAACACAGCCAUCCAUAGUCACAUGAUACAACUGACUAUAAGAAAUGCUGGAUUAGAUUUGAAACUGGAUCCAAGUACUUGUAAUUCUCGCAGUGGCAGCUGUUUGUCAGUGAAUCUAACAUUUGAGAAUAUAGCCACUUGGUAUCUCAAUGGGACUGUCCAUUUUGGGGGUGUGGCCAACUUUACUGCCUACUUGAGAAGCCUUGUACAGGAUGUUGGUGGAUAUACAGGAUGUCUUGGGAACUUCAUGGUCAAUGGUCAGUUGGUCAACCUGGCAGAUGCUUCGCAGUUCACACAAGCUCAUGGCACAAACGGAACGGCACCAGCUUAUGGCUGCGAGACGCACAUACCAUGCCAGGAUGGUGUUUGUGCUCAUGGUGGGACAUGCCGAGAUUUAUGGGUCAGCAAGAUUUGUGACUGUCUGCCUGGCUUUUCUGGCCCCGCCUGUGGGUUCCAAAACAUGGCCCACUUUGAAAACAACAGCAUGCUUCACUUUGAUGUAAACCUGGCCAUCACAGAACUGGAGCUCUGGCUCACAGCGGCCAACUCUAGUGGAUUGAUCUUGUAUACUGUGACUAUGGAUGGUCUGAGCUUGAGUUUGGACAAUGGUCAGCUAGUGAUGCACUUGAUCCUUCACAACUCUAGCACUGUCCUAACUGCUAAAGUGGCUAGUGACCUUGACCUGCAGGACUGGGUCAGGGUCAGUUUAAAGAUCCUCAACAACACAUACACAGUGCAAGUAACGUCCAACAUGUCCAUCUCACUGGGGUCCGUGGCUGGCAACACCACGGCUAAUGUUCUUCAGACUGGGUCUCUCUUUCUGGGAGCGUUACUCACAAGCUCUGCCACAGACAAAUGGAGAAGUAGCAACAUUCAACUGCCUGCUCAAAGCGUGCUAGGAUGUAUUCGUGAUGUCACAAUCAAUGAGGCACCCCUAGAUCUGUCUGCAAGCACUCCAGUUUCAAACAGUCGUCUAUCACAAGCUAGACCAGGGUGUGCAAAAGUGGAGGCCUGCCUGGCAACAUCUUGUGGGCAUGGAGUUUGUGUGGGCAGCUGGACAGGGCCAGAAUGUGCGUGUGAGGAGAGUUACACGGGAGACAGUUGCUCACAGGCAGCAGAGACUAGCUUUACUGGCAACUCCAGCUAUUCCCGUCUGCACCUGGACAGGACCAAGGUCCCUUUUGGUGAAUCCGGCAGCAUCCAGUUCCGCACACGGGACACAACAUCCACACUCAUGUUGAUACAGUUUCUGAGCCAGCAGGGGCAAGCAGACAGUUUUAUCCAGUUUGGCAUCUCUGGAGGAAAGCUCUACAUCUUCUCUAGCAUCAGAAAUGUUGAGACAAACAUCGUUUCUGAUGGCCAAUGGCAUUCUCUGUCCUGGACCAGGGAUGCCACCAACUUGGAAUUAAAACUGGACAGUUCUCCAUUUUUCCUGCAGGCAGGAUUUGAUCCUUAUCAAGCCAUGGUCGAUGAUAAAAUGGAGGUCAUUGUUGGUGCCAAACCACAGCCUCCAGGAAAUCUGUCGUCACUAACUGAGUUCUUCAAAGGCUGCGUAAGAGGGAUUUACUUCAACAAUGUCAGCAUUCCCCUCUCAGCAAAUGACCCACAUCGACCAGGGCUCACAGUCAGCCCUGGAGGGUUGCUCAGUGGUUGUCAGAGUGACCCAGUUUGUGAUCUGAACUCAUGUCCAGCUAAUUCGUUCUGUGUGGACGAGUGGAAUACGUUUGAUUGUCAGUGUUUGGAAGGUUGGGACGGGGUUAACUGUGCAGUCAGUGUUGAUGACUGCAGAAACAAUUCUUGUAGAAAUGGUGGAAGUUGCCAGGACGGACAUCUUACUUACAACUGCCAGUGCCUACAAAACUACACAGGCCAAUUUUGUGAGACCAUUUUAUAUGUCUGUGAUGAAAGCAUGUGCUUCAAAAAUAGUACUAAGUCUUGUGUGAUGGUUAAUUCUGAAAAUUACAUCUGCAAUUGUCUGCCUGGCUACACAGGUAGGAGAUGUGAUGAGUUGCAGGAUCUGUGUGACAGUCAGCCUUGUAUCAAUAAUGCCACAUGUGUCAGUGGUUUCAACAAUUUCACUUGUCUCUGCCAGCCAGGGUUUUCUGGAGCACAUUGUGACAUAGGAAACUCUUGUGAAUGCUUCAAUGGAGGAACUUGUCACUCACCAACAGCUGCUGCUGGGGGUAACACUGCUACUCAUUCACCGGCCAGUGGCUCGUCUGUACUAGCCACAGAGCCAUUCACUUGCCAGUGUGUACAACCCUAUUUUGGGUCCCAGUGCCAAAAUUAUGAUUAUUGUAAAAAUAAUUCUUGCAGAAAUAAUUCUACUUGUGCUUUAGAUGUGGACAAAUAUUUGUGCAACUGUUCUGUUGGAUUUAUUGGAGUUUUCUGUGAGAAAACAGAUUUCUGCUCUUCAAGACCUUGUUUAAACAACGGAACUUGUAACAAUAGAAAAGAUCUGUACACCUGCUCAUGUUCUAUCCUCUUUACUGGGACCAACUGUGAAACUCCAGUCAAUCAGUGUACAUACAACCCUUGCUUCAAUGGUGCUUCAUGUUUGAAUAAUUCAUUAUCUCAUCCAUCAUCAAAUUCUUCAUCUAAUGAUUCAGUGAUCUGUUUAUGUAAUGAGGGGCAGACGGGUCGAUUUUGUGAGAUCAAUGUCAGAAAAUGUGAUCACUUACCAUGUUUAAAUAAUGGAACUUGUGUGGAAGCUUCCGCUGCAUCAGAAAGGGGCUUCAUGUGUAAGUGUGUGGCUGGCUUCCAAGGAGACUUCUGUGAGUCUGACAUCAACGAAUGCAACUCAAGCGUGUGUUUGAAUGGUGGAACCUGUACAGACCUGGUCAACAACUUCACUUGUGUUUGUGCUGUGGGGUUUACCGGUAGAGUCUGUGAAGUAGACCUCAGGGGAUGUACAUCCAAUCCUUGCCUGAAUCUAGCACAGUGCAGGGAAGCAAGUGCUGGGGCAGGGGUCACAGACAGCUACACUUGUGUGUGUUCUCUUGGCUUUACAGGUAAAUUCUGUGAAACAAACAUUAAUGAUUGUCUGGCCAACAAGUGUGCUAAUGGAGCAACUUGCCAGGAUGGAGUCAACAACUACACCUGCACCUGUUUACCAGGGUACUCUGGCCAAUACUGCAGCAUCAUCAAUGAUUCCUGCUACAUUCAGCCAUGCAGCAACCGAGGCAUCUGCUCAUAUCGAGGACGGUGCAGUUGUUCUGACAUUGUAGCAUCAUGUCGCUGGGACAAUGAAACAUGCCAGGUAGAACUCUGCAAGCAGAGGCAGGAGUGUACCACACAUUCUCCCUCCUACGUCUGUAACUGCACAG